AUGUCGCUACACAGGUGGUCUUUGCCCAGUAGGGCUUUUUCCCGCGAGAAACCCAAGGAUGGCGACCCAAACCACCGCACCAGAUUCCCAACUAUACACAUUGGUGACACUAUUACUCGUCGACGCGCGAAUAUCUCCUCCGCCUUCGCAAAUUUAUUUGAGAAGGAUGAGAAUUGUACGAAUACUGCAGAAAAUAGCUGCGCUUGUCUUACUAGCAAUGAUUUGCGGCCCCUUUCCUGUAUUGAAAAUAUAACGUCGAGUACUAGGUCUAAAGUGACAAAACGUGACGAUGGAUCGGACCGAAUUGGCAAAGCCGCCUUGAAAAUGUCUGGUGUCAUUACCCGUUUUCCCUCUGGACAAGAGGUAUCUCUACAAGAAACAUUACAGGAGAGCAACACACGCAAUCCGUUCAAUGACCACAACCAUGUUAAAUCAUCAGAAGGGAGUGCCUCGGAUGAUGAUUCACCAACUUCACUUACUAGAGUACGCAGCGCUUCGUCAUCUUAUCCGUCUGAAGGCAUCCGUUCUCCGCCAGACCAUUGUGCUUCGCCGCGGUUGGAUACUUGGACAGAAGACUUUAUAGCUGACGUAUCUCACUACGGCACAUAUCCAUUGGGAAAUCCCCCGAGCAAAUCCAGCGCCUCUACCAAUGAUGUGUCAGUAUUGGGCAAUAGAGCUGGUAAGUGUCUUAUGGAAGAAUUAGCUGCAGCUGGUGGAGUUUCGGAUACAGAUACAAGAACAGCGAGUAGGGGUUAUACCCCGAGACCACCGCUUUCAGAUGUUGCUUCCGCCAGUUGUCCACGAGAACAGCUAGACAAGGACUACGACAGCGAUCACUUUGCAACGGCAAGACAGGAACUCCUGGAUGUAUCACAGAGGGCUAUCUUGUCUGUACUAGAUGGUCAAGGCCCGAGUACCUCAGCUAUCCAUGGCAGUUAUCCUGACCUUGGAUUGUCUCACACUAGCUCAUCCGACGAGGAAUUUCCAUUUCGGUCGAACCAUACAAGUUCUAUGGAUCACCUUCGUAGGAGCGCGGAGACAUGCAGGACACACUUUCCUAAAAAGAUACACUGGAAGAAUCAAGGCAAUACUUAUCAUACUAUGCCAGCGGCUAUUGCGCGAGACGGUUCCCGACGAGGCCGACUCCCUGAAGUUUCGCCUCCCUUGGCAAGUACGCUGCAACCUGGGUUCCAUUAUAGGGAAUCCAAUUCAUCUUCUACCACACUAGUCAAACGAAUCCAGAAGUUCAAGUUCAAGAAGUGGAUAAAAAGGUCAUACAGAUCGCGGAAGUCAAAAAGGCAGGGUGGUGCCUACAAGGCGAAAGCAAAACCGACCAAGAGUCGUUGGAAGUCAUUCAAGACGACAAAUAAAACAAAUAAAAGUACUCAGGGGAGGGAGGGGAUGGCACAUCGAUUCAUGAACUCACUUAGACCAAAGCACAGCAUACAGUUUCCCAUACGAGAGAAGUCUAAAGCUGAGCACAGAAGAGUACAAUCCUGUCCACCUUGAAGGUAACUAACCUAAUACAGUAUAAACAUUCAUGUUCCUGGGAGGCGGUUUGAUUGGUCUGGU